GCCACAUGAUCCAGUUGUUCUCCCUGCAUACAGACGAAGAUCGGGAAUGACAUAUUCGCAAGGAAAACACAAAGUGCAGCCAAUCAGAAAACCAAAAGGAAUCAUAAGGCUACAACCACAGCAUGACAAUAUUGGAAACACUUUGGAGGGUGAAAGAUGGUAAGCAAAAUGAGAACAGGAAAAGAAUGAGGACAAGGAGGAGGAGGCAGUGAGAUGGAGAUGGAGAUGGAGAUGGAGAUGGAGAUGGAGAUGGAGAUGGAGAUGAAGAUGAAGAUGGCGAAGGGGAGGGAGAUGGAGAUGGCGAUGGACAUGGACGCGGAGAUGGCGAUGGACAUGGAGAUGGACAUGAAGCCGGAGCCGGAGCCGGAGCCGGAGACGGAGACGGAGAUGGAGAUGGAGAUGGAGAUGGACGAAACAAGGAAUAUGUUUAGGACCUUUCAUGAUACCUUUUAUCCAUCAUAAUUACAGUGUCAUCAGUGUAAGCACUCACAUUACCAUGACCAGG